UCAUUCAAAAAUUCCAUAAAUCAUUUCAAAACGUUACACCUAUACAAUUAAUACAGAGUCUAGAAAUGUAUGAGUCUUUCACACAUACUUUUCAACGUGUAAUCCGUACGGACGCGAUUUCUUCUGUUUUCUUUUUUGUUAAAACACGAUUUCUUCUCUUCUUUCUCUCCUUAUCUUCUAAGGAAUCGCGUAACGUUUUGUGUCUUUUUCCUUCAUAAUUUGUUUUCUCGACAAACAAAAAGAGUCUUGUUAUACUCUGGCUUUUAGUUUUGCUGUCUCUCUCCUUCAAUUUCCUGGAAAAAAAUCUCUUUUCUAGUCAAAUAGAUCUGUGUUCAUACUCUUCUUCCACAAUUCAUUACUCAAUCUAACCCAAAGAAAAACCCUUCAAAUUUCUUUGUUCCAUUUUCUUAAUUUCAGAACUUGAGAAACCCAAAAAAGGAAACUAUUAGUACAUUUUGUGGGUUUAACUAAAGUAAUUAAUUUUUGUGUUUUCUUCAUAAAGUUUCAAUCUUUUUAUUCUUGUAUCUCUUCUUAAGACAUGAAUUGUCUGUUCUUGUUCAAAUCAAAGAAACCCAAAUCCAGAAAUCAACAGAAAGACAACAACAACAACAACAAAAAGAACAAAAGAAAAGGUAAAGAAUUGUUACAAAACUCAGCUCCAGAACUGACUAAUCGGAGUGAAACGUCGUCGUUUAAUCUCCAGACGCCAAGGUCGUUGCCUUCUCCAAGAAGUAUCAAAGAUUUGUAUACAGAGAGAGAACAAAAUCUUAGGGUUUUCACUUACGAAGAACUUAGUAAAGCCACUUAUGGGUUCAGCAGAAAGCUUGCGAUCGGUGAAGGUGGAUUUGGUAUUGUUUAUAAAGGAAAGAUUCUCAACAAUGGAGAUUCUGAUCCUCCACUUGUCGUCGCCAUUAAGAAACUCAAUCGACAAGGUUUACAGGGUCACAAGCAAUGGCUAGCAGAAGUUCAGUUUCUUGGAGUAGUGAAUCAUCCGAACGUUGUGAAGCUCAUAGGUUAUUGCUCGGAAGACGGGGAGAGUGGGAUCGAGAGGCUUUUGGUUUAUGAGUAUAUGUCGAAUCGAAGUUUAGAGGACCAUCUCUUCCCACGUCGAUCACACACAUUACCGUGGAAAAAAAGACUCGAGAUCAUGCUUGGUGCAGCUGAAGGAUUGGCUUAUUUACAUGAACUUAAGGUUAUCUAUCGAGAUUUCAAAUCGUCUAAUGUGCUCUUAGACCAUGAAUUCUGUCCGAAAUUAUCAGACUUUGGGCUUGCCAGAGAAGGACCUGAGGGCGACAAUACUCAUGUCACUACCGCAAGAGUUGGUACACACGGCUAUGCAGCUCCGGAAUACGUGCAAACCGGUCAUCUUCGGUUAAAGAGCGAUGUCUAUAGCUUCGGUGUUGUGCUCUACGAGAUCAUAACCGGACGCCGAACCAUUGAGAGGAACAAGCCAGUGGCUGAACGAAGACUAUUGGAUUGGGUCAAAGAGUAUCCUGCUGAUAGUCAACGCUUCAGCAUGAUCGUUGACCCUCGGCUACGCAACAAUUAUCCAGCUGCUGGAGCUAGGAGUUUGGCUAAAUUGGCUGAUCUUUGUCUGAAAAAGAACGAUAAAGAGCGACCCGCGAUGGAAAUUGUAGUAGAAGGAUUGAAAAAGAUUAUCGAAGAAUCCGAUAAUGAAGAUUAUCCGAUGGCUACGGCUAAGGAAAGUAGUCAGGUAAGGACGAGACAAGUUGCAAAACCUGAGAAACAAAGUUUGAGAGGAGGGGUUAGUGUCAGAGGAUGAUUUUGAGUUUAGAAGUUUUUUGCAGAUUUUAAUAGAUAAAUAAGUUUAUGCAAUUUGUUGGUUUAUUGUGAGAUGAUUAGUAGAGAAAAUGUAUCUUAUUGUGUGUUUAUAAAUGAAAUUUAAUACGGUGAUUGAGAGAAUCAUUGAGAUCAGGUUUUAAGAGUGUAAUUUGCUGUUGAUAGCGUAACAUUUUAGCCAAAGUUUUCGAUGAUAAAUAUUUAUUGGAUA